CUCAUUUCAUCAUAACAAAACAUGCCCAGCGGCCCGCAUUCCCUCAUGCGCACGCAAGCACCGCUGUACUAGUCACUCCCCCUCUACACAUUCCAUGGGCAUCUGCUCUUCCUGUUUAGGCCUGAGGCGGCGGCCCUCAGACAGCCUGCGCUCCGACAGCUCGCACCUACUGGGCGACCCGUAUCAACCGCAUUAUGGCAGCAUCAACGGCCCUGGCUCCCACGGCGGCCCCCAGCUGGACCCAGAGGAGAUAAGACGCCAGCGAGACGCGCUGGAGCGAAUUUGUGCGCAGACGUCCGGCAAAUUAAUUCACGUCUCACAAGCGACCUACACAGAGGACGGAUCUAAGAUGGCCUCGGAAUACCCUCGCCUAUUCAACGAGCGCUUCCCUCCGUCGAAGGCUCAAUCAAGCCGUCCAUCCUCGGCAGACGCGAGCGCCGACGAAGACGAAGCGACCUGGCUGGAACACGUGAUUGGAAACACCGCAGAGACCGAGGGCAGCUGGGAGCGGGUGGAGCCCAUCGAGUCUGGAGCUCUCACCAUUCACUUUGGCGAAGCUCCUGGGUCCGACAGGCGGCAGGUGCGGUAACCAGCCUUGAGUGGUGCUCUGUCCUAGCGGGCAGUUGCAUAUUUUUUCAUUACUUGAUUCGGCAUGCCUUAAUACUGGGCCAUUGUGAUACCCACAUUACUUUACUUCGUCUCCUUUUGUCAUGUCUUGGGUGUUCAGAUUUUUUUUGUUGUCUGUACAUUUCCGGAGUUCUUGGCUAGCCUCAUCUAGCUAGCUUCAAUGACACAGUCCAUUUGGCUCCCCAUAUUCUUACUGCAUCUUGUCACCUGGCCUGGAACAUGGCAGGGCAUUUUGCAUUAGAAAGGGGCAUCCUGCUGACGCUCUCCCUGAUUUC